AUGGUUGAAAAUAUGAAACAAGUCGCUUCUGCUGAUCAAGAACUCACUGUUGAAGAACGAAAUCUCUUAUCUGUUGCGUACAAGAAUGUCAUCGGUGCACGAAGAGCUUCUUGGCGUAUUGUUUCUUCAAUUGAACAAAAAGAAGAAUCAAAAGGAAAUGAUACCCAAGUUGGUUUUAUUAAGGAGUAUAGGGGGAAGAUUGAGGUAGAAUUGACCAAAAUAUGUGAUGAUAUUUUAGAAGUACUAGAUAAACAUCUUAUUCCAUCCGCCACAAGUGGAGAUUAUCAUCGAUAUCUUGCUGAAUUUGCUACUGGUGACAGACGUUCUCAAUCUGCAGAUAAAUCUUUGGCAGCUUACAAAGCUGCUAGUGAAAUAGCAGUCACCGAACUUGCUCCAACUCACCCAAUUAGAUUAGGCUUGGCUUUGAACUUUUCCGUUUUCUAUUACGAAAUCCUCAAUUCUCCUGAUAGAGCUUGUCAUCUAGCUAAACAAGCAUUCGAUGAUGCUAUUGCUGAAUUGGAUACUCUUAGCGAAGAAAGCUAUAAAGAUUCUACAUUAAUUAUGCAAUUGUUAAGGGAUAACUUGACACUUUGGACUUCAGAUUUGCAAGAGAAUAACGAAAAGGCUGAUGCAGUCAAGGAGGAGGAAGAAGCAACAACAACUACUACUACCGAGCCAAAAGAGGAGCCUUAA